UUUUUUACACUGCGCCAACUCGGGAACAGCAACGCUCAAAAUUAGAUUUUUUGCUUGUAUUUGUAAAUUUGUCUUGGACAAGAAAAUGCACUUGUCCAAGUAAAUAGAAAUCGUGUUCUACGGGGUAAAAAAAAGCCCAUUGUUCUAUCAUUUCUCAUGUUUUUUUUGUCUGUUUUUGAGGCUUCCUCUAUUAUAAAUGCCUUCAAAGAAAAGGAAGUACGAAGCACGUUUUCCUCCAGCACGAAUCAAGAAGAUUAUGCAAACAGAUGAAGAAAUAGGAAAAGUUGCAGCGGCUGUUCCAGUUAUUAUUUCACGAUCUCUAGAAAUUUUUCUACAGUCUUUAGUGGAAACUACAGCCAAAUAUACAAAUGAUAGAAAAGCUAAAACCAUGACAACCUCUCAUUUAAAACAUUGCAUUGAAAAUGAAGGAAAAUUUGAUUUCUUAAAGGAUUUAGUAGUAAAUAUCGCUGAUAUUGGAAAUGCAGAAGAAGAGGAUUCUAGUGAAGCUAAUGAAAAACCAAAAAGGAAAAAAAAAGGAGACGGUGAAAGAAAAAAACGCAAAAAAGCUUCCUCAUCAGAUGAAGGAACAGAUGGUGAAAAUGAUGAUGCUUCUCAACAUAAAAAGCAAAAAAUGCCAAGGGUUGUUCAGCCAAAAAGCAAGCAAUCGCGUUCUUUAGACAGUGCUUUAUCUCCAACAAUAUCUUUACAGUCUUCUUCAUCUUCUAUAUCAUUUUUUCAAAAAACAAGUAACCAUUCAAUUGAAUCGAUAAUGAGUCGACCUCAUACGCCUCAGCCUUGUAUACCUUCACAAUCUUCUAUGCCAAAGUUAUCUGGUCAUACAGUUAGCGCGUUACCAGCAAUUAUGAAACUACCAUUAUCACAAAGAGUUGACGAUGAAGACGAUGAUUAUGACGUUUAAAGUCUUGUAUAUAAUAUAUAAUUGAAAGUGGAUAUUGCUCUAUGAACAGUAAAUUGCAAUAUGUGAAACUUGUACAUUUGUAGAAUAUAUCUACACCAAUUGUUUUGUCGAAAGAUAAAUCAUUUUAGUUUU